GCGGAUGUGAUGUGAUGAAUGUGUUGAAAAAAAUGGAAUGUAUGAGUUGAGAACUCAUUUUGCAACUGAAUAAACCUAUUUUUCAGCUAGCAACUGAUUCAGGUCAUGAUUUUAGUAAGUUGUUCAUAUUAGAAGAUCUCUCAAAAAGAUGUAUUUAAAUUUAAGAGAAUUAGGGUCGCAACUAACAAUAACUUUCUUUACUGAUUCAUCUCAUGAUUAUGUUCUUGAUUAUUUAGCCUAUAAGAUGAUAGAAAAAAAUGAAAAUGUCUAUCACAGUACUUCCAUGGUGAAACCUUGAAUUACCUGUUUUGUCUGACCAACAGUCCCAAACCCAAAAUAUUCAGUUUACAGUGAUAUAAAACUGAGGAAAACUUUUAGAAAAAUAUUCUCACAGAUGAUCAUUGUCAGUAUCAUUGUCAUGGAACUAAUGUUUCAAAAAUGACUUAAUCUGAUUAUCAAUAUUGGUGGCAGUUCUGUUAAUUGUGUAAUCAAUCGAUAAACUGUUGCAAUUUCAAAGGAAUUCUGCAUUCCACACCAUGAAGGAUGAUGUUGACAUGAAGAUAACGUUUUAGUAGCCAUUUAAACUACAUUUAACCUCUAGCACAUCUGAUUAAUUUUAACUUGUGUGACCACUUUAUGCUUAAGUUACAUUCUUUUCCAUACACGUUACGAAUGAGAGGGGGGGCAUUUGCACAUUCAAGAUCUGUGCAAUAUUCAUUUAUUGCUAUUGCUGUGUGUAUGCUGUAUUUCAGCUCCAGCAUUUCCCAAGUCUUUAUGUGGCGAGAAACGUAGAAUGACGCGUUGAAAAUUCAGCGAGUGUAACUUUACAUGCAAACACUAGAGGGCAACAGUAAAGACAGUGCAGUAAUUUCAACUUCCGGCCUUGGAACGGAAACGACGUCAUACAGUCGCACCGUGUUUACUAACGGCGGCUAAAUGGUCGUCGGAGAAAUAAAGUUGUUGUAACUACAAAUCAAUUUAAUCCAACGAGCAGAGCCCAGAUAAUUAAGGAUGGCGGAUCCUGCGGUGGCAUCGGGAGGUUCACUGAACGCAGGAGGGCGUGGGAGUGGUGGUAAAGCAGCUUCUAGCCCUGCAGAGAACUACCACCUGGCCAGACGUCGCACCUUGCAGGUUGUUGUCAGUGCCUUACUGACGGAGUGUGGCUUCGAGAGUGCAGAGAAGGCAGCAGUGGAAACGCUCACUGAGAUGAUGCAGAGCUAUAUUACUGAAAUAGGUCGAUGCGCUAAAUCUUAUUGUGAACACACAGCCAGGAGCAUUCCAACCCUGUCAGAUACAGUGGUCACACUCAUCGAAAUGGGUUUCAAUGUUGACACACUGCCUGUGUAUGCAAAAAGAUCACAGAGAAUGGUUAUAACUGCCCCUCCAGUGACAAACCCACCCGUGACUCCCAAAGCUCUGUCAGCCGGUCAGAAACGCACACAUCCGUCUCACAUUCCGAGCCACUUCCCAGAGUUCCCUGACCCUCACACCUAUAUCAAAACACCAACAUUCAGAGAGCCUGUUUCAGACUACCAAGUGGUGAGAGAGAAGGCAGCAACUCAAAGGAGAGACGUGGAGCGAGCACUCACACGCUUCAUGGCCAAGACCGGAGAAACUCAGAGCCUCUUCAAAGACGACAUCACUGCCUUCCCAUUGAUCGCAGCACGGCCGAGCACAAUCCCAUAUCUCAGUGCCCUCCUACCAUCUGAGCUGGAACUGCAAACUCUGGAGGAGACGGAUUCCUCUGAGCAGGACGACCAGACAGACAGCGAGAACACAACAGGAAACAUCAUCACUGAUGAUCCAGGAGCUGACAAAGAGAACUCCAUGCUCCCUCCCAGUGGCGUUGUUCCCUCUACAAAGGCCAGUGAGGACAAUGUGAUCGACAACCCGUACCUCAGGCCUGUCAAGAAACCCAAAGUGAGGAGGAAGAAAUGAGUCAGGGCCUACCUGAACCAAUAGACUCACAUUUGGCCAGUGGUUGGUGCUUUCAGCAGUCCAGUCAGUGAUUUCCCCCCAGAGAGGAGCGGCCCGGUGUUGAAGCCUGCUGUGUUAGCCGGGAUCAGCGGCUGCUUUUCCUCAACGCUGGGACCAGUACUGCUGUUGACUUUGGCAGGCUGACUGACUUCUAUUGCCUUUUUUUGUGUUGAAAGUCAUUAUUUUCAGGAGGCCCUCACUUUGUUUAAAUUUUGUGUGAUAUGAUUUUGUAAGCAACAUCAUAGUGUAAUAUACAAAAACAAGAAUCCAGUCAUUUUGUGAAUAAAGAAAAAUAAGUUUCUUUUUUAAA